GGGACUCUAAUUGUGGGUACAGAUGUUAAUAAAAAGAUGGCUGCCCUAGAGUAAUCUGUUUUGCUUUUGUCACGGUCUUUAUCACCAAAACCUGUCGUCUGAUUUAUUAUUUUUUUUUAACAUUUACGGCCAGAUGGGGAGAAGCAGAAGCAGGUCACCACUAAGACGAGAGAGGCGUCGCUCUCGCUCAGCCUCCCGAGACCGGGAGCGGCGGCGCAGAGAGAGGGAACGCUCCAGAUCGCGUGAGAGGGACCGGCGGAGAAGUCGCUCCCGCUCCCCGCACCGGCGCCGCUCCAGGUCUCCACGGCGACACCGGUCAUCCUCACUAUCUCCCACGCGUCAGAAGGAGCGGCGUGAGGAAGAAAAGAAGGAGGUGAAGGAGAAAGUUGUGAGGGAGCAUCAGAUCUCAGAGGAAGAAAUGCAGGGCAAAACAGAGGAGGAGAUUGAGAUGCUGAAAAUGAUGGGCUUCAGUACCUUUGACAGCACCAAGGGAAAGAAAGUCGACGGAUCAGUCAAUGCACAUGCAAUCAACGUGUGUCAGAAGAGAAAAUACAGGCAGUACAUGAACAGAAAAGGUGGAUUCAACAGACCCCUGGAUUUCAUUGCUUGAAUGACUUCAUGCGUAUGAGAAUUGUUUAUCAAGGGAUGAGCAUGAGGGAUGAAUGGAUUCUCGUGACGUUGGGCACUGGGUUGGAAGAUAUGGCUGCAGAUAUGGGGCACUGACUUAAGGAUGCUUCUCUGCACAGCACUGAGACUACCUGCUGGGGGUCUACUUGGUAGUAAAGGAUGGAGAGGACAUCUCUCUCUCACUACUCUGUCUUCCAUGUAGAAAUGCUGUUAUGAAUCUCUGUAGGACUAUCUAAUGCCCUCUCCUGGUCUGCAGUGCUUGUCAAGACUGUUCUGUCACUUAUGUUCUUCAGUCUGACUUCAUGUUGGACAGUUACCCUAUGUUGAUAAUACUUUAUUCACAUAUAUUCUUAUUGCAUCUUAACAGUAAAUCCAAUUCAUAUUUUGACUAUUUUGGUAGUCUGGUAAAGGUCAAAAAUAUGUCUGGAAUUAAAUGAUAUCCUAAUGCUGUAAAAUAUAAAUUUGCUUUUUACCCGUUUAAAUUGCACAACUUUUCAUUCAAGUGCUUAUCUGUUUCUAUUAAUAAAGAUUCAUCUGAAAUCUU